UUCUCUCGAGUCUCGAGUUUAUCUCCACAGUAGCCCGGCUGCCGUGCGAAAGGAUAGAGGCAGACGAGCCUGGAAGACAAGGAAGGGGGAGUCCAUCCGCCAUGGCCGCCUCGUUUCACUUGUUAAGCAGCAACACAUUCACCAUCCCGUCAUCGUUAGCGCGUCGGGGAUUCGAUGCGGAUCGCAAACUCUUCCACAAGUUUCCAAAUAGGGAUCCCUUUUCCCUCCCCAUUCUCUCCCCAGUCGGCGUUCCUAAACCGCUUCAAAGGGAGACGACAACCUGGAGAGCCUCCAUCGUUGACGACGCUGGAAAUGGAGCCAUGGAAGCCCCCAAACCCACUCGCAGAGGCCGGAAGAAGAAAUCCGCCGAUUCCUCUCCUGCCACUCCCGUCAAGAGGACAAGGCGCCGGUCCCAGAAAAAAACCCCGGAAGAUGAAGCAGCGGCAGAAGGGCCCCGGAUGCCGGAAGAAGCGAAGGCGCCAACGGUAGCAGCGCCAGUAGAAGAAGAGGAGGAAGAGGACUUUGACGACGGGAUGGACUUCCCCUACGAGUCCCCACCCCUGGUGUGCUGCUUCGGCGCGGCGCGGAGGGAGUUCGUGCCGACCGUCCGCGUCUCCGAGCGCCAGAUGCACCCGGACCAGUACUCCUCCUGGAAGCAGCUCCAGUGGAGCCCGCCUGAGUUCGUCAGGGCCCCCGGCGGCCCCCCGUCCAACGUCGCCAUCUCCCACGCCCGCCUCGGCGGCCGUGCCGCCUUCAUGGGGAAGGUCGGCGACGACGACUUCGGCAACGACCUGGUCUACCGCAUGAACUUGGAGAAGGUUCAGACUCGGGCCGUCAAGAUCGACCCGGCGGUCAGAACUGCAGCCUCCCACAUGAAGAUAGAACUCGAGGACAGGGAUGACGGCAGUGGGAAGAGACUGGUCGCCAAGACCGUCAAACAUUGCGCCGAGGAUUCCUUCUUGAAGUCUGAGAUCGAUGUUGCGGUCCUGAAGGAGGCUAGGAUCUUUCAUUUCAACUCAGAAGUCCUCCUGUCUCCAGCAAUGCAGCCGGCACUAUUUUGGGCCAUCAAAUUAUCCAAGAAGUACAACAGCAAUGUGUUCUUCGAUCUGAAUCUACCCUUGUCUCUAUGGAGAUCACGAGAUGAGACUCGAGAAGUGAUCAAUAAAGCAUGGAGCAAUUCUGACCUUAUUGAGGUUUCCAGACAGGAGAUGGAAUUCCUUCUGGAUGAAGAGUACUAUGAGAGAAAGCGGAACUACCGGCCCCAGUACUACUCUGAAUCCUAUGAACAAACCAAAAACCGAAGGGACUAUCACCAUUAUACUCGCAAAGAAAUAGCACCUCUGUGGCAUGAUGGGCUAAAGAUCUUAUUCGUAACGGAUGGGACACUUCGGAUCCAUUAUUACACCCCCAAGUUUGAUGGGGCAGUCGUUGGCACAGAGGAUGUCCUCAUUACUCCGUUCACAUGCGAUCGGACUGGCUCCGGUGAUGCUGUAGUGGCCGCGAUCAUGAGGAAGCUAACAAUACAUCCAGAGAUGUAUGAGGAUCAGGACAUGUUAGAAAGGCAUCUCCGGUUUGCUGUUGCUGCAGGAAUCAUUUCACAAUGGACAAUUGGUGCUGUGAGAGGGUUUCCAACUGAGAGUGCAACUCAAAAUUUGAAAGAGCAAGUCUAUGUUCCAUCGAUGUGGUAAACCUUAGAUUCUGUAUGUGACAACAAAAUUAGAGUGUAUGAUUGCCAGUGAAGUUGUGGGACGGCAGCUGUGGCAAAUAGGUGCUAGAAUAUUCCUGGAAGGAAUAUUGUAUCAGCCAAUACGUCAUAAGUGAGAGGAUCAGGGGUCUUGCUUGUGCUUCUCUUGCGGAAUCUGUCCUUUCCACAACAUAAUCUCAGAUCAAGAAGACAUGUUAUGGUUGGAUAAUCAUAUGAUUCAAAAGUAUUGACUAUUUGCCUGAAGAAGAAUCAAAGAAUUGGUAAUAUUUGAUGAACUUUACCACAAAUUUUGUAGACUUAUCCUCCAUGUUGUUUAAAUAUCCUCAAUGCAAGUUUCAUUGGUUCUCAA